CCUUGACUUUCUACGAAUCGAGCACGCUGGGCUGAUGCAAUGACAAAUGACGACCUCGAGCUCGAUGGCAAUUGGGCUGUCACUCCGAAGAAGAGGAAUCGUGACCAGAUUCUGCAAACGGGCCCGUCUCUUGAUGCAGCACGGUUCGUUGACGCAUUGGCCGAGCAUUGGCAAGCUGUGCUGUUGAACGACAAUUUCAGCUGGACCGAUCAGAGGUCAGACCCAGAUGGAACAGAUGAAGCUGAUGGGGCAACGUCUAAGCGGCGAAAGGGUGGCCGAGUCCUCGAGGCAGUCUUAGCCUCUGAGGCUGCACCGCAGAGCUCAAAGGCUUUGGGGCUCAAGAAAUGGGCCAAGAACAGGAUUGCAACUUCAUGGAUUGCGGAGGCCAAAUCAAAGAAGCUGGCACCUCUGGAAGUGAAAGAGCUCAAACCAAUGACCAGUUGGUUUCUCCCAUGUCCCCCACAGCUGACAGUGGAGCAGCUGCCGGAAUGGGCUGCUAAGGCGCCGAGUGUGCUGAAAGGCUUCGGUUCUGAAGAGCCAAAGAAAGGCUCUGUGAAGGUCUUGGCACUUUGCGCGUCUACAGAUCGCGUUUUUGCAAUCAAGGCCGCCUGGGAUGCGGCGUUUCCGCACCUCAAAGCCUUGGCCUUGGCUGCCCAUGGAGGUGGACGAAAGAAAGACCAAGUGCUACGUCAGGCAAAAGCUUUGGAGCAGGGCACAGCUCUGGCAGUUGCUACUCCGGCAAGACUUUCGAGGUUGAAGGCCGAGGGGCACAUAGAGAUGUCGAAGAUUGGAGUCGUUCUGCUUGACUUGGCGAAAGAUGUGAAGCGGCGGGAUGUGUUGACCUUGCAGGACACCCGCUCAGACUUCUUCAAGUUCCUGCGAGAGAUACAGCACUUGCUUCCGCGGAGCCGCAAAGCUGCUAAGGCCAUACCUGAAGGGCUGACCUUGCUAUUGUGUGGCCUUCCAGCAUGAA